UUCUGGAUGAUCAUCCUUUCUCUCUGUGUCACAUCGAUCUUGGCUGCUCUUGAUCUGACGGCCGUGUCCACUGCUCUCCCCACGAUCGUCGACGACCUGCAUGGGGGGUCCGACUUUGUCUGGAUCGGUUCCGCCUUCACGCUCUCUUCCACCGCCAUCCUUCCGCUGUCCGGCAACAUCGCCACGAUCUUCGGACGCCAGUGGGCCCUACUCUCCUUUAUUUUUCUUUUCGCCGUCGGCAGUGCCGUCACCGGCUCGGCUAGAGACAUGCCCUCGAUUAUUGCGGGUCGGACCGUCCAAGGUUUGGGCGGCGGAGGCAUCCUCUCCCUAGCAGAGAUCGUCGUUGCGGACCUGGUGCCUCUCCGCGAGCGAGGCGUCUAUCUCGGCAUCCUUGGUGCUACGUGGUCUCUCGCGAGCGCCAUCGGCCCGCCCAUUGGAGGUGCGCUUGCGCAAGUCGGACAAUGGAGGUGGCUGUUCUACCUCAAUCUGCCUCUUUGCGGGAUGGCAUUCUUUUUGACACUCAUUUACCUCAAGCUGAAGAGGCCGCCAGGGUCGAUCACCGACAAGCUGGCGAGGAUUGACUGGAUCGGUAACGUCAUCAUUAUCAUCGGUGCCACCCUCACUGUUGUCGCCCUCGUCGAAGGCGGUAUCACCCAUCCGUGGAACUCGUAUCAGAUCCUUGUGCCCCUCAUCCUGGGCCUGGUUUUUAACGCCUUCUUCCUCGUGUACGAAAGCUACUGGGUGAAAGGGGAGCCGAUGGUGCCCUUCGACAUUCUCUCGAACUGGACUUCUCUGAGCGGCUACGCUGCCACCUUCGUUCACGGCAUCGUCUCAAUCAUGCUCAUCUACUAUCUCCCUGUCUUCUUCCAGGGUUCGCAAAACGCGUCACCCGUCGAAAGCAGCAUCCACCUGUUCCCUUCCGCGUUCAGCAUCGCUCCUGCAGGUAUUGUUGUAGGCAUCACUGUGGCCAUGACCAACCAUUAUGUGGCCCAGAACGUCUUCGCAUGGAUGUUGUUAAUGAUCGGGUUCGGGCUGUUCACCACUCUUAACAAGGACAGCUCGACCGGUGCUUGGGUCGGAUACCAGCUGAUCGCCGCUAUUGGCGUGGGUAUCCUGUUCCCCGUGACGACGUUCCCCAUCCUUGCCCCGUUACCCAUCACGAAGACCGCGCACGCACUCGCAUACUACACCUUCUUGAGAGUGCUAGCCCAGACGUUCGGCGUCAGCAUCGGAGCCACGGUUCUGCAGAACGAACUCAUCCGAUUUCUCCCGCCAGCGUUCACGGCACUUUUCCCCUCGGGGGUCAACAUCGCGUACGCGGCUAUUCCGCAGAUCCCAACUCUUGCACAACCGCUGCAGGACGAAGUGCGGGUAGCGUUCGCCAACAGUCUGUCAACGCUGUGGAAAGUUGCACUGGGACUUUCAGCCGGAGGCUUGAUGACGACCUUCGUCAUGAGGCAAAUUCAUUUGCAUGUGGAGACCGACAGCGACUGGGGUCGGCACCACAAGCCAAAGGAGGGAGAUGUCGAGAAGAACGUGCCUACGCAAACACUGGCGCAACCGGUGUGAGGGGUGUGUAUUGCAAGUACGGAAUGUGAGUGAGCACCAGUUAGAGAUACC